AUGGCUGUCGCCGAUUAUAAGAGGUAUCUGGCGGAGAAUGUCCUCAACGAGCGCCGCACGGUCACUUUCCGCUCGUUGGGUCGGGCUUUGAGGGUGCAUAGUACUUUGGCGAAACAGAUGCUAUAUGAUUUCCAUCACAAUGAGAACAGCAAGAAACCGCAGAGCGUGAAUGCGACUUACAUUAUUACGGGCGUUCAGAAAGCACCCGCCCCUGCUGCGAACGGUCACGCCAAUGGCGAAGAGAACAAAGGCGAUGUAUUCCCAAGCAGUCCGUACCUGAGUAGUUCAAUGCCCAAUCAGGAUUCGACUCCGGAUACUGUUCCUAUGGCUUCUAUUUUACUGGUGCGGGAGGAGGACUUAGAAGAUGCAAAAUCUACCUUCGAGUCCAUAUCGUCUAUAUAUAUUUACAGCCUGCAGCAGACGGUGUUACAGGAUCUUAAUGUCUUGACGGAUGUCAAUCGCGAGAUGGUGAGCAACCAUUCUCAAGAGGAUCCUUUGGAGUACGGCGGACAGUGGGGUAUGAUUCAGAAUAAGAACGUCAAGCGGAGAACGGGCGCACGGCCGGCCCCGGCGCCAACUGCUACUACAUCGAAGCCCACUAUACCCUCGAAACGGCCAAGUGAAGCAACAUCGUCCCAGACAAAACCAGCGCCAAAGAAGGAGGAAAGCGCGGCAUCGGAGCAAGCGUCCACACGGGAAAGUACGCCCUCGACCACAUCUAAACCCACCGAAAAGGCCGCUCCGGUGAAGCGAGAAAAGAGCAACCUCUUCAGCUCCUUUGCGAAGGCCAAGCCGAAGCAGAAGAAGGAAGAAUCGGCAACCCCGGCAGAAUCAGCCGAACCUAGUGGUGCCGAGGAUGUUUUUGGCGGUGACGAUGAUGACGAUGCCGACGAAGAACCGGAAGAGCUCUUCCCCGAUAGUGGGAAGUCUGCAUCAGCUGCUGCCACUCGCGAGAGUCGGAAAGAGCGCGAAGAGAGGCUGAAGAAAAUGAUGGAGGACGACGAUGAAGACGAAGACGAAGAAAUGCCCGAUGCUACAGAGCCACCAGAAGAAACCAACCUCAUUGAUCAGCCACCUCCGAAAAAACCGGAGCUCAAGGAAGAAAUAACAGUUCAGGGAGGCCGUCGUCGCGGCAGGCGUCAAGUGAUGAAGAAGCAGGUCCGCAAGGAUGAAGAAGGUUACUUAGUGACUGUUGAGGAACCCUCGUGGGAGUCCUUCUCCGAAGAUGAGCCCGCGCCGCCACCGAAAAAGAAGCCCGCUGUGAGUGCACCCAAAGGCAAGCCGGCAGGUAAAGCUGGGCAGGGCAAUAUCAUGUCGUUCUUUUCCAAGAAGUAA